AUGGCUCGGCGAUUGCACAACCGUCGUUGUCGCGAUAAGCGAAGCGAACGCCAGCCAGGGCGCAGCGAGGUAAAUGAAAUUAAUUUGAUGCAGCAUACUUUCAUAUCGGCCGCCGGUGGUGGUGAACGCCGCUCAGUGCCCGCUCGGAACUCGGCGCACGCGCAGCGUUCGAAAUCUCUUUUAACCGCGAGUUCGGGCGUCUGCCCUGCCAAGUCCUGGAUUGUUUGGUUUAAAAUUGGUGCAGAAAUCAUGAUUGGUGCUCGUGAUCAU